AAAAAAAGCCGGAGUAACAGCGAGUGGAUCCGCUCGGCGCUCAAUGAAUGGAAGCUGCGGGGCGGGCCCGCGCGCACGGCCGCCCUCCCUACGAUGCUCUCGCCCCCGGGCAUGUAGGGCCCUAGCCGGCCCCUCGCCCUCCUCCCGCUGCGGGCAGAGGUUGCCGCCGGCUUCACGCUCCACGCCGAGACCGCGGCGGCAACGGGGAAGGUCGGAGGGAGGGUGGCUUCCUCCCGCCCCACACCCAGUCUCCGAGCCAGCCGGAUAUAUAGAGUGUCACGUUUGGGAGCCGAAAGACUAGAGCAGUUUCCUUGUGGCUGGAGCGCUUCCCGCAGCCUCGGGGAAGGAUCCGGAUUGAGAAGACCACUAGUUGAACUCCACCCGGUGCCGGAGGAGCAGGCACCUCUGUCUGGAGCUCUAAAGGACAAAGGGAAGAACCAUGUCCAUGAUCGCAGCUUUCUAUGGUGGCAAGUCCAUUCUCAUUACUGGGGCCACAGGCUUCCUAGGCAAAGUGUUGAUAGAGAAGCUGUGUCGCACCAGCCCCGACCUGAAAGUCAUUUACAUCCUUGUGAGGCCCAAGGCUGGCCACACACUGCAGCAGAGGGUUUCCCAGAUCAUAAAUAGUAAGCUGUUUGAAAAAGUCAGAGAAGUUUGUCCAAACGUGCAUGAGAAGAUCAGAGCUAUUUCUGCAGAUCUCAACCAGAACGACUUUGCCAUCAGCAAGGAGGACAUGCAGGAGCUUCUCUCCUGUACCAACAUUAUCUUCCACUGUGCCGCCACCGUACGCUUUGAUGACCAUCUGAGACAUGCCGUGCAACUGAACGUCACUGCCACCCAGCAGCUCUUGUUUAUGGCCAGUCAGAUGCCAAAGCUCGAAGCCUUCAUACAUAUCUCUACUGCCUUUUCGAAUUGUAACCUGAAGCACAUUGAUGAAGUCAUCUAUCCGUGCUCUGUGGAACCAAAAAAAAUCAUCGACUCCAUGGAGUGGUGGGACGACGCCAUUGUUGAUGAGAUUGCACCCAAGCUGAUGGGGGAUUGGCCCAAUACUUACACCUACACCAAGGCCCUGGGAGAGAUGGUAGUACAGCAGGAGAGCGGGAACCUAAAUAUCGCCAUCAUAAGGCCCUCCAUUGUGGGAGCAACCUGGCAGGAGCCUUUCCCAGGUUGGGUUGAUAACCUAAAUGGACCUAAUGGGAUGAUUGUUGCGGCUGGGAGAGGGUUUCUUCGGGCCAUAAGAGCCUCUCCGCUGGCUGUGGCAGAUUUAAUUCCGGUUGAUACAGUCAUCAACCUCACCUUGGCUGUAGGGUGGUACACGGCAGUUCACAGACCUAAGUCAACGUUAAUCUACCACUGUACAUCUGGUAACCUCAAUCCAUGUAACUGGGGCAAAAUGGGAUGCCAAGUCUUGUCAACCUUCGAAAAAAUCCCAUUUGAGAAAGCUUUUAGGAGGCCACAUGCUGACUUCACAGCCAACACCAUCACAGUCCAUUACCGGAAUGCAGUCAGUCACCGAGCCCCCGCCAUGAUCUAUGACAUCUAUCUGUGGCUCACAGGAAGGAAGCCCAGGAUGACAAAGCUCAUGAAUCGGCUUUUAAGAACCAUUUCCAUGCUGGAGUAUUUCAUCAACCGGAGUUGGGAAUGGAGCACAUACAAUACGGAAAUGCUGAUGUCUGAGCUGAGUCCUGAAGACCAGAGAAUAUUCAACUUUGAUGUGCGCCAGUUGAACUGGUUGGAAUACAUUGAGAAUUAUGUUUUAGGAGUUAAGAAGUACUUAUUGAAAGAGGAUAUGGCUGGGAUCCCAGAAGCAAAGCAACACUUAAGAAGGCUCCAAAAUAUUUACUACCUCUUCAAUACUGUCUUCUUCCUCAUCGCCUGGCGCCUUCUCAUUGCGAGAUCUCAGAUCGCUCGGAACGUCUGGUUCUUCAUCGUGAGCUUCUGUUAUAAAUUCCUCUCCUACUUUAGGGCAUCCAGCACACUCAAGGCCUAAGAACAUUUGGCAAUCUCCUUUUAUCUGGAACCUCUCAGAUACCUCUAAAACAGCAAACUGCGGUUCUCAAGAUUCGGAAGUAGCAAAGAAUACACCCAAGUUCAUUACCUGUCAAAUGUGCUGUCAUGUGUUCAUCCCUAUUUCCUAACUAUAGUCCUUUUAUUUCAAUGAGAGAAGGAAAGUCAUAUCCUAGCCUAUAAUCAUACAUAUUUUAGGAAAAACAUAUUUCCAGAUUGUUUCCUAACGCUCUAUUCUAUACCCUUGAAUAUAAAACACCAAAGUAUACCCAUCUUCUCAUAUUUAGCUUUUUCUCCUUGAGGACUAAUUUCGACUCAGUAAACAUGGAAGAACCCAUGGUAAAAGCUGAAAUAUGCUAAAGAAGGGCAAUUCAAAAACCUUGAGGGGGCCAACCCGGUGUUGCAGUGGUUAAGUUCGCACCUUCUGCUUCAGUGGCCUGGGGUUCGCCGGUUCUGAUCCCAGGUGCGGACCUAUGCACUGCUUGUCAAGCCAU